ACAAAUAAUUAACAAAUGUUUUUAAAUUAUUUGAUACAAUGUCUGGCGCUGCUGCUGCUACUGCAGAGCGUUUCAGCGGAAGAAUAUGAAUUUAUACCUGGACGCUGCGAGGAUUAUCCAGGUGUGGAGUCGCAAAUUGGCGGUGAUCUUACUCUCUGCAGCUUUCCACCCAAAUAUGAGAUGCCUGAUAAAGAGGAUAUAGAUGCCGUCAUCAAGCACAUUAAGGGCUUACUUACAAAUUGAAUACACAGCAGCGGUGAAAAUAAUAGUGUGCACACAUAUCUUCUUAGAACAUGUUAAAAAAUACUUGAAAUAUAACUAAAGAUAAGUAAACAUUAAAA